AGACCGUGAAAGCAUGCUUGCCGGCCAUUACUGUGGCUGCUUUGUCUUCUUUGUUUCCAUUCUCUCUCCAAAUCGUCAUCUUUCUUCUUAAAAUAGGUUCCUUUUCGGAUCGACGGUGAGGGUCAGAUGGGGCCAAAAGCAGGGCAGAGGAGUGGAGCGUGAAUUUCCAGAGUGGAAAUGGACUGAAUCGAGGUAGAUUCCAUGCAUCAGUAGGUCGAAGAAGGCGAAAGAAGAGAAAAAAGUUGGCGCCUUUGCACUCUUCCUUUCGAGGGAAGAGCUGGAAAGCCUGCUCCUUUACAGGUUUCGCAUACGGAAAGCUUUCAAGAUUUCGUGAUUUCAUGUGAUUUUUCCUCGGUGGCGGGUCUCUUUCUUGAAGGAAUUUGGGUCAGUUUGUAAGAUUCCAGCUGUAUUUUCUUCGGCUGAACGGAGGAUUAUCGUGUUGUUUGAAAUGGUGGGUUUCUUCUGCAGAAGAGUUUUUUGUCGCCGCGACUGAGUUUGCGGUCUCGAGUGUUCGAGCUCUGGGCCGGGAAAAUUUGUUAUGGCUUCGUCCUGAGAUUAAAUGUAGAUAUUGAUGUGAUAGUUUGAAAAGUAGGUAUCUUUCACGAGAAUUUGGUAAAAGCUGAGGUGGGCUCGAAGUGACUUGUCCCAGUUUGUUGGACCGCUCUAGGGUUUUAGUUUGGCUGCGAGAAAUAUCGCCAAUACGAAUUAGGCUUUUCCAAAGUUAGGCGAGAGAAUUUUGGGUUGAGCUGUCUUAAAUCCGGAGGGGGAGCAGAUGGCAGUGGUGGCGUCUUCGUCUUCGUAUCUGCUCGAAGAAUUGGCUUGUCUUGAGCUUUCUUGAGGAAAUUGAGGACCCUCUGAGAUUAGGCACGGAGGAUGACUGAAAGGUUGUUUCCGUUCUUGGUGCGAUGAGGCUUUACUGAUCUCAACAGUAGCUCUUCUAGUAAGUGAUUCUGAUGGUUAAGAUGUCAGAUAUUCCAGAAUUUAGCAGAGCUCUUGCUUUGAUUCUUCUAAAGUUUUUGGCAUUAUUGGCCUUUGUAUUCGUACAUAACUCUGAAGGGGUAAACAUAGAAGGACAAUACCUAUUGGAACUUAAGAAUAUGAUGAAGGAUGCUGUACACCACCUUUAUGAUUGGAACGCAAAUGAUCUUACGCCUUGUGGAUGGAAGGGUGUGAAUUGCACUUCUGACUACAAUCCAGUAGUUCUAGGUCUCAAUCUCAACUCCAUGAAUCUAUCUGGAACCAUCUCUCCUAGCAUUGGUGGAUUAGUUCACCUAACUCAUCUCGACCUUUCCUUCAAUGAAUUCUCGGGAACAAUCCCUAGGGAGAUCAGAAAUUGUUCAAGGUUGGAAAUUUUGUAUCUGAAUAACAACAAGUUUGAAGGUGAAAUCCCUCAUGAAUUAGGUGCCCUUUCAUCUUUGUCAAAAUGUAAUUUGUGCAACAACAAACUAUCUGGUUCUCUUCCUGAGUCGAUCGGAGAACUUUCAUCGCUUGUCGAACUUCUGGCCUACACUAACAACCUUACAGGUCCGUUGCCUAGGUCUGUAGGCAGGCUGAAGAAUCUAACCACAUUUCGAGUGGGACAGAAUCUGAUAUCUGGAAGCAUUCCAGAGGCGAUAAGCGACUGUAGUAACUUGAAGCUUCUUGGCCUUGCACAGAACCAGCUUGGAGGUGAGAUUCCUAAAUCGCUCGGGAAGUUGAAUAAAUUGACUGAACUGAUUCUUUGGGACAACCAACUUUCUGGGAUUAUUCCCAAGCAGCUGGGAAACUGCAGUAGCCUCGUGACACUCGCACUUUACCAGAAUUAUCUAGUAGGUGAUGUACCUGUAGAGAUUGGAAAUCUGAACAACUUGGAGAAGUUGUAUUUGUACAGGAAUUCAUUGAAUGGAACGAUCCCAAAAACCAUUGGGAAUCUUACUGCAGCAAUAGAGAUCGAUUUUUCAGAAAAUCUGUUGACUGGAGAAGUACCACCAGAAUUCAGUAAUAUGAAGGGUUUGCAGUUGCUUUACCUGUUCCAGAAUAAGCUUAUGGGCAACAUUCCUCCUGAACUCAGUGGAUUAAAAAGGUUAAAAAAGCUUGACCUCUCUAUCAACUCUCUCACUGGAAUAAUUCCUCUUGGACUGCAGUAUCUGCCUGAUCUGAUUCAAUUGCAACUCUUCAGUAACAACCUAUCCGGCAUCAUUCCUCAGAGGUUUGGGGUGUACAGCCCACUUUGGGUGGUUGACUUUUCGGAGAACAACCUCACCGGGCAAGUACCGAGCAAUCUUUGUAGACACUCGAACCUUAUGUUGUUGAACUUUUGGUCAAACAAGUUGACUGGCAACAUUCCUGAUGGAGUUACCAAUUGUAAAUCGUUGGUUCAGCUUCAUCUAGGUAAGAACAGUCUCACAGGAAGCUUUCCCUCUAGUUUGUGCAAGCUGGUUAAUCUCACUACCAUUGAGUUGGAUGACAACAGAUUCAGUGGUCCCAUUCCAGCAGACAUAGGGGAAUGCAUAUCUUUACAGAGGCUUAAUCUUCAUAACAACUUCUUCACCCAUGAGUUGCCAGGGGAGAUUGGUAAUCUGUCACAGUUGGUCGUCUUUAACAUCUCAUCCAAUAAAAUUAGAGGAAGCAUACCUCCAGAGGUUUUCAACUGUAAGAUGCUUCAGCGGCUUGAUCUCAGCCAGAAUCAGUUUGUAGGCACAUUGCCUAAUGAAAUUGGAAACCUUCUGCAGUUGGAACGGCUUAUACUUUCUGAUAAUAUGUUAUCAGGAAAAAUACCUACCAUUACGGGAAAGCUCUCUCGUCUGACGGAGCUUCAGAUGGGUGGAAAUGAUUUUUUUGGUGCAAUACCUAAGGAGUUGGGUGCGCUUUCAAGUCUACAAAUUGCAAUGAAUCUUAGCUACAAUAACCUUUCGGGGGACAUACCACCAGAACUCGGCCAUCUUGCUCUGUUGGAGUCCCUUUUCUUGAACAAUAACCAUCUAACCGGUGAAAUUCCAUCAACAUUUGCCAAUCUAUCUAGCUUACUUGGUCUAAAUGUUUCAUAUAAUAAUCUUACAGGACCUAUACCUUCUAUUCCACUGUUUCAAAAUAUGGCCCUAAGUAGCUUUAUAGGAAAUAAGGGUCUUUGUGGUAAACCUCUUGGUAAUUGUGGUUCAUCACCAUCAUCUGCAUCUCUGCCGGCCAGAACAAAUACCUCCUUGGGUAGGAUUAUUGCGAUAAUUGCUGCUGUUGUUGGAGGAAUUUCUCUUGUUCUUAUUGCUUUAAUUGUUUAUAUCAUGAGAAAACCUCUUGAAACAGUUGCUUCUUUCCAUGACAAGCAAAUAUGUACUACAACUUCAGGCACAUAUAUUUCUUUAAGGGAAAAUUUUACCUUUCAAGAUAUAGUUGCCGCCACAAAUAAUUUUGAUGAGAGUUUCAUAAUUGGAAGUGGUGCUUGUGGAAUAGUGUACAGAGCAGUUGUGCAGUCUGGGCAGACAGUUGCUGUAAAGAAGCUAGCAUCUAAUCGGGAAGGUAACAAUAUGGAGAACAGUUUCAGGGCAGAGAUUUUGACACUUGGAAAGAUCAGGCACAAAAACAUUGUAAAGCUCUAUGGUUUCUUCUAUCACCAGGGUUCCAAUCUUCUUCUAUACGAGUAUAUGCCAAGAGGCAGCCUGGGUGAGUUGCUUCAUGGGCAAUCUCCUCCUCUUGACUGGAGCACCCGUUAUAUGAUUGCUCUUGGUGCUGCUGAGGGGCUUUCGUACUUGCACCAUGAUUGCAAACUCCGCAUCAUUCACAGAGAUAUCAAGUCGAACAACAUUCUACUUGAUGAAAAUUUUGAAGCUCAUGUUGGAGACUUUGGAUUGGCAAAGGUGAUUGACAUGCCACAAUCAAAAUCCAUGUCUGCAGUUGCUGGAUCAUAUGGGUAUAUAGCACCUGAAUAUGCAUAUACCAUGAAGGUUACGGAAAAGUGUGACGUCUAUAGCUAUGGAGUUGUCCUCCUGGAAUUGCUGACUGGAAGAACACCUGUACAACCCUUAGACCAAGGUGGUGACCUUGUUACAUGGGUAAGGACAUAUAUUAGAGACAAUUCUUUAAAUGCUGGAAUACUUGAUAGUAAACUGAAUCUGGAAGAUAGGAUCGUUGUCGAUCACAUGAUCAUGGUUCUGAAAAUUGCUUUGCGAUGUACAAAUAUGUCCCCAUUGGAUAGACCAACUAUGCGGGAAGUUGUAUUGAUGUUGAUCGAGUCUAAAGAGAGGGCUGGGAGCUUUUCCUCCUCACCAGUUCCUAAUCUCUCUUCAUAGGGAAAUAAAUCAUAGUGUAUUCAGGUUCCGAAUUCAUUAAAUUUAUAUAUUCUUUUCUUAUUUUUCCUUGUAUUA